AACAGAAGUGAAAGAACAGACAGGAAACUCAUCGCCGGUUAAUGAGCGUGUGCACCUGCAGCUUCAGCUUUAAAAAUUACCACUUCUCAAAAAAGGAUCUAGUGCUGAAAUUUACAGCGUGCAUACACUCACACAGAAACAUUCGAGCCUCUUCAGAUAACAGAAACUCAGAACAAAGCAGUAACAGACCGAAAAGAACCAUGAUAAGUCCCAGAACUGUUUGUUUUGUGUACUUUGCAUUGCUCUUUGGAAGACCACAUGCUAACCAUACGGACACAAUCAAUACAAAUACACAGGUCACAUCAGAAAGUGCAACAACCAAUAUCACAUCUACAAUAAAUGGCGCCACACCAACAACCACUGAAAUACAGAAAAUAAACUCUCAAGUACAAACAACUAAAACCUCAUUCUGCACUCAGGCCACUCCUAAACCCGAGGAAGGGCAUUGCAUUUUCUUUCUACCAGCUGGUGAAAAGAACCUGCAACUGAUCGUGGCUGCUCUCACAGUGGGCUGCUUGGUAUUGUUGCUGACCACGCUGAUAUGCGCCUAUCAGGUUUGUCACCUGAGAGGAAUUAUCUCUAGUCUCCAGCCUCGUUACGACAAAAGUGACCGGCAUGCCGUGAGAGAGAAGAGCGAAUCGCCAUACAGGGAUGAAGGCCAAGUGGACGGGCACCCAACUGAGACCUGCAUCAUGCUAUCAGAGGUCACCACACAAGAGGAGCGCAGAGAGGAUGAAGAGAACAAGAGUGAGGAGAAGAAAGACACGGAGCAACUCAGCACUGAGCCGCCUCUGAAAGACCCAAAUGGAGACGUUACCCAAGAGAACAAUCCUGAGCCUGAUGCAAAAGCACCAGAGAGCUCUGACACAGGGGUGUGAUCACGAUCAGACACUUAAACUGGUGUCACACAACUCCCCCUGGUGGCAUUUCAAGUCUGCACCGGCUUCAACUUUAAAGGAAUAGUUCACCCAAAAAUGAAAACACUUACUUACUCACCCUCAAGUCAUUCUAAAUCUGUAUAGGUUUCUUUUUAUGUUGAACACAAAAGAAGAUAUUUUGAAGAAUUCUGAAGAACCAGUUGUUGGUCCCCACUGACUUCCAUAGUAGAGAAUGAAAUACUACAGAAGUCAAUGGGGACAAUUAACUGUUUGAUUACCAGCAUUAUUCAAUAUAUCUUCUUUUAUGUUAAACAUAAGAAAGAAAGUAAUACAUGUACAACAUGAGGGUGAAUAAAUGAUGACAACAUUUUUAUUUUGGAGUGAACUAUUCCUUUAAUUGUUACCUACUGCAUAAGACUCAAGAAGAAAGUCUAAAAUCUGAAAGUAUAAAAAAUAUAUUUAAAUUAGCACUGCAAAUAAGCCUUUGCCACUAUCAACAUUGUUUUUCUUCAUUUUAAGCUAUAACAAUAUUGUAUGACUAUGUUUCAAAUGUGUGCAUUUAUGUUGUCUGUAUUUCAAAUAAUGUAUCUAUUUUGUUCACAAUGCUUAAAAAAAUCCUUAAACUUCCUUAUAUGAGAUAUAUAUUCGAAAAACAAAUAUGUAACAAUUAGACUAGUUUUUGGGGGGAAUAUUUGUAUUUAAUGACUGAUUUUUUUUAAUGCUGAAAACAAUGAAAAAACUAUUUGCCAAUAUGCUAUCCAAUUUUACAAGUAAACUUAUAUUGUUUUUAGGAUGUUCAAAUAUUUUUGUAAAAACAUGACAAAAACUGAUUAGAAAAUGACUGUGCAGUUUUGUGCUUUUGAGGAAUAAAUAUUUUUGUCUUUA